AUGUGGAGGGGACGUUUUAACACCUUGCUGAAACGGCAAGCACCGUCGUCGUCUGCUCCUGAACUCGGGCAUGUCCAAAGACCUACAUACGCCGCUGUCAGCGAAGAACCAGCGAGUGAGUCGGAGGUUCUUGUCCGUAUCCAAAAAAUGAAGAAUAAAAAAUCUGGCGGUAUGAUAGAGUUAGCGCAGAAAUGCGGAGAUCUCUCGAUCUCGCCCGUUCAAUAUAGAUUGACGGAAGGAUACCUGGCUCGUGGAAACUCGCUAUCACAAUUCCUCUCCACAUUAAGCCAGCCGUCACGAAACCCAGGAAUUCCCGUGGAGUAG